CUCUCAAAUUGAAAUUGAAAUUUGAGAUCACAAAAUGCAGUUCCGAACUCUGCAAAUCACUCAGCUGUCCGGGAAAAACCUCCCCUCUGAAAAGAUGCCCAUCUACGCCGCGGUUUCUAUCUCCGGCGGGACCGAGCAGUACACGAAGCCGUCCGGCAGCGCCAACCCGGCGUGGAACUUCCAGAUGGAGUUCAAGGUGGGCGAGACGGCGCUGUGGAAGAACUCCCUCACCCUCGAAUUCAGGCUCCUCUGCAACGCCGCAGACGACGAAGAAGUGGUCGUCGGCAGCCUCGACGUCUCGGUGAGACAGCUGUUUGAGUCGAGGAAAUCCCCCCACGUCGGCAGCGUCAGCGGAGAACACGGGGACGACGCGGGCGAGCUCACCUUCUCCUACAAAUUCAUCGGCGAGUCAGCGCCGAGUGCGAGCGGGAGUGGGCAGCCAGGAUGGAAAGCGGCGGCUGCGGAUAGAGCUGGCGCGGCGAUAAAAGCGGCCGCGGAUGUAGCUGGCGUAGGGAUGAAAGUGGCCGCGGAUGUAGGUGGGGUAGGGAUGAAAGUGGCCGCGGAUGUAGCUGGGGUAGGGAUGAAAGCGGCCGCGGAUGUAGGUGAGGUAGGGAUGAAAACGGUCGCGGAUGUAGCUAAUAAAGUGGGGUGGGCGAUUGUGAAAUUCGUGAAGAAUGAGAAGGUUGAAUCAGGAAAGAAGGAUGAAUGCGGGGCGAACAAGAGGAAUGAGAAGGAGAAAGAGAAAGAAAUGAGGGAGAAGAUGAAUGUCAUCCGCAACCUGCCGGCUCAGCAAGCUCCCGCUUCUUCUAAGGCCGGACCGUCUUCUACUAACAACGGCAAAACUCAGGGCGGGCCGUCUACCCAGAACACCGGUUUGAGGACCGGGGAAGGCACGGGCACGGGCACGCAUAACCCUUUUAAGACCGGGGAAGCCACGGGCACGUAUAACCCUUUUCAGACCCUAGCUACUAAGUUUAUGUCGACGGACCUAAGGCCAGCCGGCCAGGGGGACAGGAAAGGCUAAGAUCAACCCAAACGACUAAAGAUAUGUGUUUAUUAAACUCCAUGUUGUAAUUUAAAAUUAUUGUGGUUUAAUUGUAGUUUACUUAUAAUGCAAUUGUCAUUUUUAAACUCGUGCAAGUGUUACUACCUCCGUCCACGAAAAUUUGUCCAAUUUUUCUAUUUCCGUCUGUCCCAAAAUUUG